AUGUCAUUCAUAUCUAAAUUGGCCUUUGAACGUUAUUAUACUCAUAUUAUUAUACCAAAUCAACAUCGAAUUAAAUCAUUUUAUUCAUCAAAUCUGUUCGUUAUCGAUCUCAUUUUUACAUCUUCUUCUAUUGUUUCAAAAUUUCAUCGACUUGAAACACUUAUUCUUAAAAAUCUCGAAUCAAAAUAUCUUGGAAAAAUUCUAAAAUAUUUAACUUUAUUGCCUCAUCUCUUUUCAUUGACUAUUGCUCUUGUUGACUGUAAAUCAAAUAAAACUACUCUUUAUCGUCAAACAUUUUCCUUACCAGUAUUGAAAUAUUGUAAAUUAUCCUAUGAAGAAUGCGCUGAACCUGAAUCACUCUUGCUUAUUAUCAAUAAAUACAUCACUAUCGAACAUAUGGCCAUUAAGAAUUCUUUUGAAUUUUAUGAACUCGAUGCUCUUUUAACUUAUGUUCCUCAACUUCGUCGUUUUUGUGGUGUUAUUCAUUAA